AUGCCUUGGAGUUUCAUAGGUGAUUUCAACACUAUACUUGGUGCUCACGAGUAUGAUGGUUCUUUUAGGCCUGCGAGAGGCCUGAUGGAAGAGUUUGCUGACUGGACAGAUUACAACCAUUUGGUCCAUAUGCCUACUGUUGGUGUUAAGUUUACUUGGGCUAAUGGUAUAGAGGGUAGGCAGCAUACUCGUAAAUGGCUGGAUCGAGUUAUUUGCAAUCAGGAUUGGGUUAGUCUGUGUGCUCAAUCUUCCUGCUCCACUCUUAACAAAUCUCGGUCUGAUCAUUACCCCAUUUUAUUACACUUUAACUUUCAAGAGUUCAAGUUCAAAUCUCACUUUCGUUUUAUGCAAAUGUGGACAUUGCAUCCUGACUGCAUUAAAGUGGUGGAAGAUGCUUGGAAAACUAAUUUUAUUGGUUGUCCGAUGUUCGUUCUGGCAGCAAAGUUAAAAUUUCUCAAGGAGAAGCUUAAGGUGUGGAACAAAGAGUAUUUUGGAAAUAUGCAAGACAAUGUCAAGAAGGCUGAGUUAGCUCUAGAAAAUAUUCAGCAUCAUAUUGACACAGACGACCAUACCGUUGUUCUGGCUCAACAAGAGAAAGUGGCGCAAGCUCGGCUAGAACAGGCUCUUAAUAUUGAGAGCUCUUUUGGAAAGAUAAAGCUUGUGUUAACUGGCACUUACACGGGGACCGGAACACGAAAUAUUUUCACAAGAUUACUAAAAUCAGAAACUCAUCAAAUCUCAUUAACUCUAUGA